ACUUGUCAGAUGAAGCUGUUCCCUGAGAUGUUCAACAUUAGCACUCUGGCUUUUGUUGUGUUUGAAAAUGAGAUGACUGUUAUAACAUCUAUCAGAAGUGAGUUGAGAAGAAAACACUUAAAUUCAGUGAUAUAAUUUAUUUUUUCUUUUGAAUUAAAUAAGAUCUUCAUAGAUUACAAGAAUAAUGGCAAUCUAUUCACCCUGGCUUGAUAAAUCAUUUUAUGUCAGUAUCCUCCAGUCAGAUGAGGAUGCAAGAGGAGGUCACAGUCCUGUGUAUGUCAUCAGCUGCAAAGUUCAGCCUGCUGUGGAUAGCAGUUGCCACUACAUGAGUACCAUAGAGAGGGUGCUGGUAGAGUAUUGUGUUAGUAGCAACAAUAACAUCAAGACUCGGUCCUUUCUUAUAAAAGCACCUUUAGCAAAUAGCAAUAUCAAUGAAAGUAUUCUGAUAGACAAUGAAAUCCUCAUGUAUGAUGAGAUCAUUCCAAAAAUACUGGAAAUCGCCCAGUUGGAAGUGGCACCUAAAAGGUACAUUUCUCCCCUGACCGAAGUUUUAGUAAUGGAUGAUUUAAAAGAGGCCGGUUACAUGAUGUGUGACUCCAUUAAGAGAUUAGACUAUAAGCAUGCAAAAGCAGUUUUGGUCACGUUGGCCAAGUUUCAUGCAGCCUCGGUAGCUAUCAAACGUGACCAUCCUGAAGCUAUAGAGCGAAAUGGUGUUGAAACCGUGUAUACACACGAUCCUAGAUACGCUGAGAGAUUCAAACCUCGAAUACUGAUGAGGUUGUACGGCCUGGCAAAAGUGUUGCAAACGAUAAAAGGAUGUGAAAAGUUUGGUGAUAUUCUGAUUGGUGCCGAAGAAGUUUUUUGGGAUCUGAUCGCAGAAACGUUCAAGCCCAACAGUAAACUCAAUGUUCUCAACCAUGGAGAUUUUUGGACAAAUAACAUGUUGUUUAAAUACGACAGUGCAGGGUUCAUUAGUGAUGUUAAGCUGAUUGACUAUCAGAUGCGGAGAUAUUGCAGCCCAGCUAUUGACUUGCUCUAUUUGUUCUUCACCAGUGCCGACGAUGGAGUGCGGAUGAGGAUGUAUGAACUGUUGGAGAUGUAUCGUCACACACUCAACAGUUCUCUUGCUGAGCUAGGGUGUCCACAGCGCCUGUCCAGGAAUGAUCUGAAAGAGGAUAUCUCCAAGUGUAGUCCUCUAAUCUUACUGAUUUGCCUCUACCUUCCUGUUAUAUUUCCUGACCCAGACAAUCAUUUUGAUGUGAGCAAGGUUGAAGCCUCCGAGGAGAGUAUGACCAGUUUAGAUUUUGAUGUCAAUCCAAUUUUGCUUCCUUUCAAAAACAAAUAUUUUAGAAUGGCUCUCCCGGAAAUGUGCAAGGAACUUGAGACAAUGAAAAUUUUUAAGAUUCUCAUGAGAAAUAAGAAACAUAAGAAGAAACACUAGCAAUAGGUGCAUUACUGCAAAUGUUGUUGUUCAGUUAUUUUUUGUAAAUAGUAUAUUAUUUACAGGUAAUUUUAGUUAACAAUGUUUUAAAAAUAAUGCAAUGAGUUAAUAAGCAAUCUUUAAUAGUUUAACUUAUAGAAGUGAAACACUGGAUUUCAACAUGGGACUAAAGAUGUUACUUUUUGUUCUCCUUCAUUUGAUUAUAUGUUACUACGCUCUGUAAUAUGCCAGUCUAGUACUUGUAGAACGUAGUAAAUAUUCAUAUUUAUUUACUAAAAACAAAAUUAUUUGCUUCUACGACUCACACAAACAACUAUAAAAGAUUUUCUUUAUACUAUAUAAAAAUGCAACUGUCACUAAGUACUGAAUACCUUUUUACAUUUAAUAAGUGCACAUGUAAAAAUAUACGAGUACAAUAGCUUUUUUUAACAUUUUAAAAACAUUAUUGAACUACAUACUCUAGUUUUUUCUCAGUUUUAUAAACCUAAUCAUAAUAAUAGUAUAAAUGUGAAAGUGAAUUCGUUACGAUUUCACAUGUAAACUAUUCAACUGAUUGAUUGUAUUGAAAUUUUACCAUGGUCAUUCUUAAGCUCCCCUAUGUUAAUUUAGGUCUAUUCUUAUUUCGAAAACCCCUCCAUCCUACAAUCCAAUGGUAUCUAAAACUCUGAAAAAUACAUUUCUUGGUCUCUAAAGAUGCAUUACAUCCAAAUAUUAUUAAUUGAAAGAGAAUAUUGAAUGUAAUCAAUUGUUGUGAGUAAGCAUUGUUUUAUGACAACACAA